UCAAACACAGAUAGGCCGCAACCUAGAAGCAUCUGGACAGCCUGCAAUGAAUGCCUUUGAGCGAAGGGAACAGCUGCGAGAGAUGGCCCGGAAUAACCCACAUACUGCACAUCUAUAUGGUGGGCCGGCAUCUGGAGUACAGGAUAACACAACACAUCGGCCGCCACCAAUCGCGAUUCCUGUACUUGCUGAUCCAUCGGUCACUGAUCUGCGGUCAUCUCGAGAGCUUACUGAUUCAAGAGCUAUAGGCACAGGAAAUACUAUAUGGUCGACCCAGUAUGCUGCGCCAUCGCGCGAUACUUGGGGUGGACUCAGCCCGUCGAUGGCUUCAAAUCGAUCGUUAGGGUCACCACAUGGUCCAUAUCCUUCCUCUCCAGGGAUCCACCGCGACGUCUCAAGAAUACACAGCCCCCUCUUUCCUCUCUCCCCAGAUAGCCCUCGCGCCACAACGAACAGCAAUAUGCUCCAUGGGCGAACCCUCGACGAUGAACGAUUUGCGUUGCCCGCUUCAAUUACACGCUCUGAGACUGCACCGGACCAGCCACCUGCUUCCGGAAGCGAGCAGACUUCAACCCUGGAUCACACACAGCAUACAUCAACAGAACCGUCGUCCCGUGUGCGUGCCGCGCGGUCUGCUACUCAUCGGCGAGCACGAGCGGCCGCUGCAUCAGAUAGAGAGCACCCUGCCCCUAGUGUAUCUCAGUCCGAUUCGCCCUCAGAGGAUGGCAACAGCCCCGAUGUCGCUGAGACACUAAGUUAGGCUUGUUGCAUUGAGAUAUCAGGCCUGGUUGAAAGAGGAGGGCGACGAAGGCGAUAUGGGUACGGUUGAAGCUGGAGCGCGUUCAAAACAGUAGUCCAGAUCAUCUCUUAAACUUAAUUGUGAAGUGGAUAUGAGAAGAAAACGUCCGUGGUGCAGCUAGAGUCGAUGAUGGAUCGUUGGCUGUCAAUGUAGGACUUACCUCAAUGGAGCGAUCAAUGGC